AUGCAAGAAAGCGGCAAGACGGAAGAGGAGAUUGAUAAGACAUUAUUAUGGAAAAAAGCAAGAGAAUUGAAGACAAGUGGAUACGAAUCAAAUGUCAAGAUGAUUGUUGAUAAAAAUGAUGAGCUGCAGAAAUCAGGAAGUUUUGGAGAGGUUACCUGUGGAACACAUAAUGUGCUUAUAGAGGCCUUGGGUACUGGGGAACAAUGUGGGCGUAUACGAUGGAUGGGUAUAUUUAUAACGCCACAUCAAUACUUUUAUUUACCCAAGAAUGUUAAGUAUUACUUAGAGAUUGAGAAUGAGAGGGUGGAUAAACAAAUCAACAAACUUGAAGAUGACUUAGAGAAACUAAAAAGAGAUGAAAACAUUCAAGUUAUGAUGGAAGCAAUUUUACAAGGAGAAGCUUUAAUACCUAUUCCACUUGAAGAGGAGUUCAUUGUGAAGGUCAAAGAUGCACUUGGACACAUACUAAGUUGGCCAAGACAAUUAGUUAUUCGAUGCUCUAACAUGGGAAAAGUGGUGGCGAAACCUGUGAAAAAACUUGCAACACCAGUGAAGAAAGAUGCAACACCUUUAAAAGAAGAAAUAUGA